GCCGGAAACCACCACCCCAAUAAAACCCGCGAGCCCCUCGCCGCGCCCCCCGCCUCCCAACCCCACACCGACCACGCGCCGCGCCUUAGCCUAAUCGCCAUGGACGCCGCCGGCGGGGGCGGUGGCGGCGCCGACGAGGCGGACGCCGCCUUCUUCUCCCGGCGCGGGCACCGCUGCUGCGGCUGCUUCUGGGCGCCACCGUGGGCGGCGGCCUCCUCGCCGUCCCCGUCCCCGCGCGCGCGCCGCGCGGAGCCGGCGGGCGAGGAGUGGUGGCACCGCGUCGGGGGCGGGGGCGGCGGGGCGGCGGCGGGCCGCCGCCGGUGGUGGCGGCGCGGGGUGGACGCGCUGAUGAAGGCGCGGGAGUGGUCGGAGCUGGUGGCCGGCCCGCGGUGGAAGACCUUCAUCCGCCGGCUCCGGUUCCGCCGCGGCGGCCCGCGCCACGGGGCCGGCGGCGGGAAGCUCAGCUACGACCCGCUCAGCUACGCGCUCAACUUCGACGGCGGCGGCGGCGGGCCCGAGGGCGACGACGACUACGCGGGGCACCUCGACUUCUCCGCGCGCUUCGUCGCGCCGCCGCCGGCCUCCGCCAGGUCGUCCAUGGACCUCGGCGGCCGCGACGCGCCGCCGCUGUUCCUCCACCAGGCGCACUCCCCGCGCGCGCCCCCGGCCGCGGCCAGGGGCUGACGUCGACGCGGCGCCCGGGCGGGCGUAACCGCCGGCCUUGGCCGCGUGCCAUUGAUGGGGCGGUAGGAGGCGAUAAGGCGGGCAGGGGAGGCCGUCGCUUUCGUCCUCUUGGUCGCCCGGUUGUUCUUGCUUUUUGCUUGCGAUGAGAUGAUGAAGCAUGGUGUCCAUAGGAUAGGGAGGGUCCUUACUAAAUUUCUUUUCUUCUUGUCUUUUUGCGUGUAAUUUUUGUAAAAUAGAUUGCUACUCUAUACCGUCCAAAUUUGUCACAAUAGACAUAGAAAUUGUUUGUUCUUGGAGGAAGAGAUGAGACAAGUACAGGCACAGCGCAUCAUGUUCUAUGAUCAUCCAUGCUGAGAUACCUCCAGUAUAAGAUGUCAUCAGCAGUGCGUUAA